CUGACAAUGCUCAAGUAAUAGAGCACAUGACACACAAUAUUCCUAGCCUCGAUAGGGAGAAAAUCCUUCAGUCCGUGCAUGGGGCAAGGUUUGAUCGUAUUAGUGCCAUAUAUAAUCUUCUUGAGGAACAACUGAUAGAAUCAGCUGCAUCUUCCCCAUCGAUAGCCUUGUACCCACAGCCACUCCCAGUUGUUCCCACACAUCACAGAAAGUCAUCCAUUACCACAGGUUUUGUAGACAGAAGUCCAGUGUCAGACACUGAAGAACCUGCACAAGCUGUACCACUCUUCCCUUGUUCCCCCCUUCCUCCCAACCCACCCAUUGCCUACGACCCUUUCCAGGCCUCUUCCUCUUUUGAGAAGUAUGGUGAGCCUGAUGUAAGUGGAGAAUCUGACAAUGAUGAACCCAACCAGCGGUCUGUGGAUCAGUAUCGGCACUCUAGGAGACACACAGUUGGUCCAGGAGACACUCAUCAUGAAGAGGUGAGAGGUCAGCUCCAGUUAUUUGGCCCAGGGGGAUGUGUUGUGGGUACCCACCAACAACCACCAGUGUCCAUCUUGCCCCAGACCAAUCUUCCACAGAACCUUCCUCUGGUGCAGGAUUUGCCUCCACAGAACUUCUCAACAAAAGAUCAACAUCUGUUGAAACCACCUCCAUGCAUGGGUACUGGCAGUGGCUUAGGAAGACGUGCAUCGGAUGGAGGGGCCAAUCUACAAAUGUACUUCCAGCGCCAGUUUGAAGGAGGUUGGAGUCAUCCUAAUAGUCAAGAACAAAUUACACAGAUGGGACUUGGGGUAAGAGGGAUGGGUGGCCACUCGCAGCCUCUGCCUCAACAGGACGAUGAGCAAAUUGUUGUGCACAAAGAUGAGAUUGAUCCUUUAGACGUUGCUAAGUACAUAUCGGGCAGAGGUGGUAGUCAGAGAGCCACUUUGCCUCUGGUGGGACCAAAAGAUGUUCAGGAGGCUCAGAGAAAGAUGACGCCCAAUAGAUCACGGAGAACAGGCCUUCUCACUGUGACUGAAAGACCCCCUGUAAUAACUCCAGAACUAAGAAUGGAAGUAGAGGAACGUAUGAAACGACCCUACGUUCCGUCUCAUCUUCAAGUGCUUUAUUCAAAUGCAUCAAUGGGGAAUACUCAGUUAAAUCCCAGCCAAGUCACAGGGGGCAUAACAACUGGCAUUCCUCCGUCACCAAGUGCAAAUGCCACUAUUACACCAGGCAUCGUAUCAGGCAUUCCCCACCCCCACACCCCCAAAAGACCUCCAAAUCCUAUUCAUCAACCGCACAACCUGUCGGGCCAUCCUUUCCUCAGCUACAGUUGCUGUUCCACAUCCCUAACAAUGUCCUCAUCCUCUCCUUCGUUUUGUUCACAUACGUCCUCGUAUUCCUCUCCUAAUUGUACAUCUUCUUCUUCCUCCUCAUCGUGUUCCUCGUCCUCUUCUUCCUAUUCCUCCUCCUCCACUACCCCAGGAAUAAUCUCAGGUAUCCCACCCCAUAACAACAACAACAUCAACAACAACAAUCCCAGGCCAAAACAUACGAGAAAGAGAAAGACCGGCCUUGCCACAGUCUUGGAAAAUAACAGGCUAGAUUCGUCACCGCCAGAUGAAACAGAUUGCGUCAUAGUGGGUCGAGAUAACUACAAGGACCCAAUGUAUCUAACAUCAGAUCGAUACUCUCUGGGCAACAACGCACGUCGCGCUUCUGACUCCACCAUCACUCACAUUAGCCUCUCUAAUAUAUAUCAAGAAUUCCAGAAGCUGCAGAAGGACAGCGGCAGUGACAGAUCCAGCACAUACAAGCAGAGCUUCAGCGGGGUCACUCUCUCCACUGGAUUGGAGUCACCUCCUCCAGCCCAGCAUCCUGCCAACAGGAGGGGCAUCCCAGCACAAGGAGCAUCUCCCAUGUCACCCACAUCCAUGCAUGGGGGAUCCAUAGCUGGGGGGUCACCCUGCCGGUCCCCGCACCCCCCAUCUCCGAGCCAGCACCACCCGCAAACCAUCCGUUGA